CCAAAAGAAAAAUGGAAUACACAUUCAAACUAUUUUCAUACAAGUAUCCCCUCUUUCUCCUCUCCUCUCUUCAAUGUUGAAAUUGUUCUUCUUUUCAUCUUCGAUUGAAUUUUCUCAACGUAUGCACGGACACAUUUUCCGUCUUCUUCCUCAACAAUCUCAGGCAGGAUACUGCCGAUAUCAAUGGAGACUCAAUCUAGAACUGCAACUUCUAAGUUUUUCUUCCUUCUUCCUCGGAAUUUAUUAUGAUAGUGGCGAAGGUGGCACAUUUGCUCUUUACUCACUAAUCUGCAGGCAUGCAAGGUUUAAUUUAUUGCCUAAUCAACAAGCAGCUGAUGAAGAUUUGUCUUCUUACAAAUACGGCUGUACAGGACAACCUCCAUCUUCUUCCUCACUCAAACUUUUUCUGGAAAAACAUAAAAAAUCACGCACAGCUUUAAUCUUAGUGGUACUAUUAGGAGCUUCAAUGGUUAUUGGUGAUGGUGUUAUUACUCCUGCAAUCUCUGUUUUAUCAGCUGUAUCAGCACUUCAAGUUAAAGGUGAAGGAGUAACGUUAACUCAUGGGCAAGUAAUAGCAUUGGCAUGUCUUAUAUUGGUGGGGUUGUUUGCUCUACAACAUUUUGGUACUCAUAGGGUGGCUAUUGUGUUUGCACCGGUUAUUAUUUUAUGGUUGUUUUCUAUAUUUUCUAUUGGGGUUUAUAAUGUCAUACAUUGGAAUCCAAAGAUUGUGCGUGCAUUUUCUCCUCAUUAUAUUAUCAAGUUCUUUAGUCAAACCCGUAAAGAGGGCUGGAUUUCACUUGGGGGAGUUCUUCUUUCCAUAACAGGAACCGAAGCUAUGUUCGCAGAUCUUGGCCAUUUUACUGCAUCCUCCAUUAGACUUGCAUUUGGACUUGUUGUAUACCCUUGUUUGGUUGUACAAUACAUGGGUCAGGCUGCUUAUUUGUCAAAAAAUAUUUCUUCAAUUCCCGAUAGUUUCUACAAAUCUAUACCCGAGAGGAUAUUUUGGCCUGUUUUUGCAAUUGCUAACUUAGCAUCCAUUGUUGGGAGUCAAGCUAUCAUCACAGCCACCUUCUCCAUUGUCAAACAAUGCCAUGCCCUUGGGUUUUUCCCCAGGGUUAAAAUCGUCCACACUUCAAAACACAUGUUUGGUCAAAUCUAUAUCCCAGAAAUCAACUGGAUCCUCAUGAUUCUUACUCUUUUAAUCACCAUUGGAUUCCAGGACACAACUCUCGUUGGAAAUGCAUAUGGGCUUGCAUGCAUGACAGUGAUGUUCAUCACAACCUUUCUCAUGGCACUGGUUAUAACAUUCGUAUGGCAAAAACACGUCAUAUUCGGAAUCUCAUUUCUUGUGUUCUUCUGGUUCAUCGAAGGGGUUUACUUAUCAGCUGCAAUCAUGAAACUUCCUCAAGGGGGUUGGGUUUCUGUUUUGCUUGCUUUUAUCUUCAUGUUCAUCAUGUUCGUUUGGUUUUAUGGGAAUAGAAGAAAAUAUAAACAUGAUAUCCACAAUAAAAUCCAACUGAAAUGGCUUUUGAAUUUGGGACCGAGUUUAGGGAUCGUUCGUGUACCUGGAAUCGGCCUGGUUUACUCCGAACUCGCCACCGGAAUCCCGUCGAUUUUCUCCCAUUUUGUAACGAAUCUACCGGCGUUUCACAACGUGGUGGUGUUCAUAUGCGUGAAAUACGUUCCGAUCCCGUUUGUGUUACCGAUGGAGCGUUACCUCAUCGGCCGUGUUUGCCCUAGGCCGUACCGUAUGUACCGAUGCAUCGUCAGAUACGGUUAUAAAGACAUCCAGAAAGACGAUCGGAACUUCGAGAAUCAAUUGAUCCAAAGCGUGGCGGAGUUUAUACAAAUGGAAGCGGCUGAACCUCCGUCGCCGCCGACCUCCGAUACCGGAUCGUUUGACGGCAGAAUGGCGGUCAUCAGCACCAGAUCGAACUCCGGUUUAAUCAUCUCCGAAUCGGAUCCAGGUGAAUCGAUUAUCAGACCUUCAACGCUUAGGAUAUUAAAAUCUUCAUACGACGCUGAAAAUCCACAGAUGAGUAGAAGACGAGUGAGGUUUCAGCUGCCGCCGUCGAGUCCGGCGAUGGAUCCGGCGGUGAGGGAUGAACUUCUGCAAUUGGUGGAGGCGAAAGAAGCUGGGGUUGCGUAUAUAACGGGAUUCUCUUACAUUAAGGCUAGAAAAGCUUCUUCGAUCAUGAAAAAGUUUGUGAUCGAUGUUGCGUAUUCGUUCUUGCGUAAGAAUUGCAGGCGGCCGGCGGUUACGUUACAUAUCCCUCAUAUUAGCCUCAUUGAAGUUGGCAUGAUAUAUUAUGUUUAGACUUACAGAUUUAUUCCUUUAUUUUAUUUUAUGGUCUUAUAACAACUAAAAUGGCCACAAAAUGUAAAAGUAAAACGAAAAGUAGAAAAAUACAUGACAUGUAAUUAAUAUUAG